CCCCCCUUCUCAGUGAUGGCGUGUGUCAGAGCAGCUCGUGCGUCCUAGGCCUAACAGACCCCCCUCCUGUGUCUCUCUCUCUAUCCCUGGAUUUGCUGCAUAUUCCUCGGGUGUCUUCGCUCACCGUGUCCUCCACCCUUGCCGCUUCUGUCGCCUCAGCCUCUCCCCCACCUUACCCCACCUCCCUGCCUGUGCGGGUGUCUGGGAGUCGGGCCCUUUGGGGGGGUGGAGGGAAGGAUCGUGCGUCGCUGAGGGAGCUGUGCGGAAUUAGCUAUGCCCUGCCCAGGCAUCCUUUGACCGGCCGGAUUUCUCCUUUUUCUGUCCGCCUGCGCACCGAGAGGGCAACGUAGGAUGAAAAUCUGCAAUCAUGAUGCAAGGACUGAAAAAUCGAACAAGAAGGGCCCUGGGCUUACGGAAGAAAGACAAGGAUACAGACACAACGAGUUCACCUGACAAAGAAGGAAGUGGAAGCGGAAAGAAAGGCAGCAAAAAGGCAAAUGGAGCACCAAACGGGUUUUAUGGAGAGAUCGACUGGGACAGAUAUGAGUGUCCUGAUGUGGAUGAGGAGGGUUUCAGCCUCCGGCCUGGAGAUGAGACAGAUGCAGCAUCUAAAGGAAAGCAGUUUUUCUCCUCCAGUGACUCUGAGGACGACGACGAUGACAGCAAGAAAAAGUUCAAUAUCAAGAUCAAACCUUUGGUGUCGGACAGCGCCAAGUGUGUCCCUCCAUCUAUGGAUGAACUGAAAGCCUCAGUGGGAGGCCUGGCGCUAUCUCCGUCUCUGAGGAGAAGUCCGAGACGCAGCCCGGGGCAGAUAAAAAGGAAUUUAUCAUGUGAAGAGAUAGCCAGACCCAGACGCUCCACACCAACACCAAGUCCUGCACCAGAGACGCCAAGUGAGCGGCUCACACAAAAUGUUCCUGCCUUUUUCGGGCUGCCUUCAGAGACCAAAUAUGCCAGAUAUGAUGUGGUCCCUACAGAUGUUUGGGGAGACUCGAGACAUCGUGCAGAAUCCCAGCUGAGCAGAAGUUUCCCUACAGGAGCUCCUCCUCCUCUCCCUCCUAAAAACAUUCCAUCCAGAAGUCAUUAUGGCUAUCCUUCAGACUUCAUCUCUGAUUUACCCAAUGGCAGAGCAGCUCGUAGCUCUGCCCCCAUCUACCUGAAUGUCCUGUCUCCCGCUUCCUACCGUGGCUCUCCAGCCCCUGAUCUGGACGAUGUGUUUGGGCCCUCGGACAGCCCCCGCACCAGCGAGGAAACCGUGUCUCCACGAUGGGUCACCUUCACUGACGACAGACCUCCCCCACCUGAUGAGCUCCCUCCCCCUCCUCCACCAGACUCCCCUCCUCCAGACACACCAUCCUCCACCCCUUCAACCCCCUGCCUCUCCCCAGGACCGCCUCCAGAUGAGCCCCCGCCUUCGCCUCCUCCAUUUUCUCCAGGGUCUCCGCCUCCUUUCUCACCGCCGGACUCGCCCCCUUCGAUUGUGCUCGGACCUCCCCCCGAUGAACCGGCACCUCCUCUUCCUCCCAACUUCUCCCCCUCUUACUCUCCUCCUCUGUGCCUGGAUGAGGACGCCAUCGAUGAGGAGGUUCUGCAGUUUGCAGAGUACUCGUCGUCCCCGGCUCCCAUCAGCCCCGUGCCUCCUCUGCCAGCUGAGCGGAGGUCUCCUCGGGUAGGGGGGACGUCUCCUUUAGUCCUGGGGAGCAUGGGGGGAAAGAGGACUCCAGAGGGAGGCUACCUAAGAGACGAUAUCCCUGACUUUAUGGGUUCACCCAGAGAGCUGACGCCGAGCUUCAGGGGCACACCGCCUCCUCUUCCUCCUACCACCUACAGGUCCAUCAUGUCUUCCCCGGGGCCCGGCUCAGGCGGCACAGGCCCCUCAUCUCCAGCUCGUCCUGCCACUCCUCAGUCUCGGGGCAGUCCAGUCCCCCCUCCUCCUCCUCCUCGACCUUCAUCACGACCAAAGCUGCCACCGGGGAAACCAAUCACAGACCUGUCACGGUCCUACAGUCCACCGGUGUCAGGCAGCCCUCCACCUUUUGCCCCACUGGCCCGGGCAGAGAGCUCCUCCUCCAUCUCCUCCAUCAACAUGCAGAGUACGGCAUCCACUCCCACCUUAGGGAAAGAGCUCAACACACCCACCACAGGAUGCUCCAGAGGACCUAGUCCACUCACCAUGGGACCUCAGGACACUCUGCCAGUGGCUGCAGCCUUCACAGAAACCAUCAACGCCUACUUCAAAGGCGCAGACCCCAGCAAAUGUGUUGUGAAGAUCACAGGGGAGAUGGUGCUGUCCUUCCCUGCAGGUAUAACUCGACAUUUUGCCAGCCACCCGACUCAGCCCAUCCUCACCUUCAGCAUCAGCAACUACAACCGACUGGAGCAGGUCCUCCCCAACCCACAGCUGCUCUGCUGUGAGUCCAUAGCAGACUGCACAGACUCAAAGGAAUUCUGGGUAAAUAUGCCAAACCUGAUGAGCCACCUAAAAAAAGUGGCAGAACAGAAGCCUCAGGCUACGUACUACAACGUGGACAUGAUCAAAUACCAGGUGUCUGCAGACGGGAUCCAGUCCACUCCUCUGAACCUGGCGUUGAGUUGGCGAGGCGAUGCCAACAACACAGACCUUAGAAUAGAUUACAAGUACAAUACUGAGGCCAUGGCUGCACCCGUACCACUACAUGACAUCCAGUUCCUAGUCCCUGUGGAUGGAGGCAUGGCCACGGUCCAGACCAUGAUCCCCCCCGCCACCUGGAAUCCGGAGCAGCAGACGAUACUGUGGAAGAUUUCCAGCCUCUCUCACAGAUCUGAAAAUGGAGGAGUUGGGGCUCUCCUUGGCCGGUUCCAAAUGAGUGACGGUUCAUGUAAACCCUCGCAGCUAUCAGUCCAAUUCACCAGUGAGGGCAGCACUCUGUCAGGGUGUGACAUCCAGCUGGUUGGGACGGGAUACCGACUCUCACUGAUCAAGAAGAGAUUUGCUGCAGGGAAAUAUCUGGCAGAUAAUUAGUGGACCUGUUUGUGAACGGAACCAAAAGAAUCAAUGGCUUCUGACUGUGAAGACGACGGAUCCAUCCCAUGUUUAGUGCAUAUGAGACUUUAUCUUAGGCAGCCAUUAGAGGUAAUGAUUGAGAUUUAUCAGAAGAACUAAACACACACAGAGUAAUUUCAUAUUCAGUAGAGCGACUGCUGCUGAGUUUAUGCAAGUAAAAACAAAUCAUUACUUUGUGCACUUGGAACACUUAAUGGGCCUAAAUGGAGUAAAAUAUAAGGAAACUCUGAUUCUUUGUUCUCGUUGACAUAUUUGUGGAUUCAUUCAGUGAUCCAGCCUUAUUCAUUGCAAUUUCUUUUGUCUUAUCUGUUGUCAAUGCAAAUGCACUGUAAAAAAAUGUGAAUAGAUUAUAUAAUAUCAAAACAAUCUCUAACAAGGUGGAAAAGAGUGGAAAAUGUUUUUUAAGAGAGGUAGUGUAUGGUUGCGGUAUAUUUCAGUAGUUUACAUGGUCAUGUCUGAUUUACACUGCCACCUCAAAUCAGAUCGUUUUGCACCAUGUGGACCGAUCUUAUCGACUUACUCAAUGAAGUGAUGUUACUGUGUAGACAGCCUUUAAAAAGUCACCGCCCAUUCUUUCAGUCUUGUGAUCAAAGUUGACAGGUUUGCUCACGACCUGCAGCACUACACUGACAUCAGUACCCUUAAACUGAUGAUGUUUAACACGGUGUUAUGUUUGAGCCUCAGUCUGAAUUGAUUUUGGAGCAUGGUUAAACCCCUUUUAUGUACACUGAUUAUAUGUUGUAGAUAAAUUUUUAUUUAAAAAAUAUUUUGCUAUUUACACAUUGACAACCUUCUUCCUGGUGUCAACUACUUUCUUUUCUUAGAAAUUGAAGCUUCAGUCUAAAUUUAAGAGAAUUUUGAUUAAUAUAUUUAUCAAGAUUUAUAACUGGAACUGUCAUCAUUACAUUCUUCUUGGCAACAACAGGCAGCCUUUUGUACUCAAAGAAACUCAGUCAAAACUGCCCAUUGUUCUCAAUAUGCCGUGUACCAAGCUUAUAUCUAAGCUAACUAGCUGUUAAACAGAGAGGAUCAUGUAGUAGCUUAAAGUCACCUUCUUUUUUCCUAGGUAGUUGGUCAGGACCAUACAAACAGAGCCAGGAAUUCAGUGAAAAAAUGGUCAAAAUGGAUGGUAAAACUAUUGUGCAUUAGCUGAAAGGGCUUCAGUUGUUUUCUCCACAAUGUGGUUGAGCCAAAAUGAAUGAAAAUCUUAAAUAUUGUAUGUAAUACAUAACUGUUUAUCAUCUUAGUGGUCAAGGGUUUGUGUAAAACAGCCAGUGUGUCCCAAAUUGCAUACUUGUGUGCUAAAAACUACAUAUUUUGAGGGCGCAAGUGUGCAAAGGAUUUUUUAUUGUUAGCAUGCUAGCGCAUUAGCUGAUGUUAGCAUUUGUAAAAUAGAAUACAAGUUACAUUGGUUUCAUAGUUAGUGAAAAUAGCCAUCAAACUUCUGCUUAUUUUGCAACCUACUGCUAAAGAAGAAGGAAGAGAAAGCCGUUGCCACUUCCUGUGAAUGCAAAACAGCAGUGCACAAUUUGAGACAAUACUAACCCACUGUGAUUAAAUGCUCUUUACUGUUUUGAUGUACUAUGAAACAGUAUACUAACAGAAGUUUGUGAUUUGGGACUAGCUAGCUAGCUAGCAAGCUAUAACAAGGCAAAUUUUUCACAAGCUAAUUAAUUACAUGCACACCUUAAAAUUAAUUUCUAAACGGUUCAUUAAGACAAAUCAAAUACUCCAUCAAAAUUUCCUUCAGCUGAUAUUCCCUAGUGGUUGUUCUGUGCUUGCUUAGCUAGCAUUAGCUGGUAGACAAUAUUUCAGGGCUAAGAGAUGGGGGGGUUCCUCAGGAAGAAGGAGUCAGUUGAGACAACUAUAGGGUAAGAGCUUAAUAUUGGAUGCUAGUUAUAUUGUGUAUCUGUUGGAUAUUCCAACCUGUUCACACCCCAAGGUGGCAAAUAAAGAGAAUGACAGCUUGAAGUAUUCUUAGAGGGACUAUAAAGAUAAUUAUCAUACCUUAAAUGCUUUUUUGAUUCACAGUUACACUGUAAAUCUUUAUCUUUAGCUAAGUAGGUUAAAUAGCCUACCUUAGAUUGAUUCUGCAUAUCUGGGAGUUGUUAGAUAGCUAGCUUGACACCAACCACGACAACUUUUUCACAUGCUACUCAAGUACAGGCAAGCCUUUUUUGUUUUAAAGAUUAUUUUUGGAGCUUUUUUGCUUACAAUAGGACAGGACAGCUGAAGAAAGACUGGAAACAGGGGGAGAGAGAGUGGGGUAAGACAUGCAUCAAAUGUGAGGAGACCGGGAACCGAUCCCAUGACCAGUGAGUUGAGGACUAUAGCCUCUGUACAUAGGCAUCCCACCAGCUGAGCUAAGCCAGUGCCCAAACACAGAAAAACAUUCAGAGAAUAUUCUAAAUAAUUAAUUUAAUCAGGCACAUAAACACAGUUUCAGGAGGUUAAUAAUUGUGACGUUUGGCUGUGGUACUCAGCACAAAGGCUCAUUGUUACACCAUGUUGAUGUUAGCAGACAUGCUAUAAAUUUAUUUAAUUCAAAAUCUGCUCAAAUGAAGAAAUAGAUAAUUAUAUUAAUGAUCUACAAAAUAUGAUCAUUGUACUUUUCAGUGCUCUAAUUUCCUCAUCACUCAAUCAGGAAUGAAGCAAAUAAAAUUCAGAAAGUGUUUACUACUAACGCUCAUGACAUUUUGCUGCUAACAGGUCAUGCAAACAGAAACAGAUUUUGACUUGCCGAAGAAAAAAAUCAUGACAUUACCACUAUGGGCGAGUGCAAUGUUGAGAUUCAUCAAUUUCCUCCACAUCACAGGGCUAAAGGAAUGUUUGUGGUGAUGUGUGAAUGGUCAAAUUGUAAAGAGGUGAGACAUGUGUGACUAACAGAAGCUGCUACUUCCAGUGGAACUGUUAAUUUAAUCUGUAAAUACUACAGAAAUUAAGUUUAAAGGGCCUUAAGAUGUGAGUAGAAACAGAGCCAGAUGUGAGUGCCAUAUGGUGGUGAAAAAGGAGCUUUAAGUUUUAGGAGAAAUGAAGACGGGACCUGGGCUGGAGGGUUGUUGGAGUUGCCUUUGAUGCUGCUUAAAAACUUGGCCAAUUCCUUUGAUUCUGAUCUUUGAUAGAGGUGUUAUAGAGUAUUAAAGGGGACUUAGAGUUAUGAAAAGAAACGUCUAUCAAAAAGUUAGCACUAUUCACGUCCCCGUUUAUUUUCUUCCUUUUCCACCAUGUUGAAUAAAUGUUUUAUCAUUUUCUAAUAGCAAUAUUUAAAAUGUAAAAAGUGUAUAUAAAAAAGCUAUGUUUCAAAUAUUUCUCUGGGCAUAUGGAUGUGUCUGUGAUUGUCUCUUGGUUUAUUGAUGUCAGCACUCAUGACGCAUUAGGUCCUAAUAACACCAACACUUUUCAUCUAUGGUUUUACAUGUGGGUUUCCUGUAAAAAACUGUGUUACUGUUGAUGAAUAACUCCAAACGGUGCCGCAUGAAAUCUGCAUUUGUCCAUCACAGAUCUUAUCAAUGCAAUACUAAUUUAGUCAUUCCGAUACGGUCAUGAUACGUGUGUUACUGUAUAAUUGUGCUAUGAGAGGAGACUUUUUGCCUUCACUUUAACCUCCACUCUCUGUUUUGCUGUUGUUGCACCUUCAAAAACCCAUUGUCAAUAAAUUUGGCAUGUUUUCAUCUAUAUACCAUGCAUCUGAUAUAGGUGUUUGACAUUCUCCUGUGUUUGACUCGCACUCAAAAUACACCUUCAAAUUCAUCAGUUAAGGAGUUCAUGGCCUCAUGUACAUGUAUUGAACAUCACAUUUCAUAGAAUUUUUUAAUGUGUUGACUCACAGUUUUGGCCUGAGUGUAAUUCAUUAAGUUCUAGAAAAAUCAACAAAACAAGCUUUUUUCUUAAAUAGGACAGUUAUGUUUUUGUUUAUAAUGCUUAUAUUUUUCUUUGCCUUAUUAUUGAACAGAUGUUAUAAGUCCUCCAGUAUUGGAGGGUUUCUGUAAGUUUAUUUUUCUGUAAGUUUAUUUUUUCUACAAUGUUUUGGCUAUAUUCCUUUCACUGCGUUAGACACAGAAUAUGCAAACAUCUCAUGUAAAUUUCCCAUCCAAAGAUUUUGAAAGUAAAUAUAUGAAAAAAUCAAUAUAAUGUAAUACCUGUUUUACUUGGUAAUAAAGAAGAGGAAA